CUCGCCAGUCGCCCCGAAGAAAUGGCAAGCGAGCUUUGCUCUCUCUUUCUCUCUCCUCCGCCGACAGCGAAGUUGGGAGGAGAAAGUAGUUUUAGAGAGAUUCUCUCCCCAUUUCUGAAGGCUCACAAGGUUCACUGCGAAUCGAGUAAUUUGGGGAUUCGCGGAAUCUUCUUCUCCGCUCCAACUUCAAAAUCGGGCUCGAAAACAGUCCGUGUUUAUCGGACUUAUGUGUGGAAUUGAAGCGAUGUGGUCAUCGAUUUGAGGCUAUUUGUUGGUUGAUGGGAGCGAGAUAGGUUUGAUGAUGGGGCUUUUUAGGUGGUGGUGAGAGGUGGGGUGAUCGACGUGGGCAUGAAGCGGAGGGCGUCAGAAUGGCGGCCCCGGCUGUCGAGUUGGAUCAUCAACUGGAUCUGGUGGAUUCUUGGGAUCUUUCUAGUGGUUGCUCUCGUUCUUUUUCUCGUGCAGCACCAUCAGAUUAUUCCGCAACAGCUCCCAAUGCAGGUGAAAAGUACAGAAUUUAAGGAUGUUCCUAUUGAGAGGAUGAACUUUACAGAAGACUUGUUGACCAGCACAUCACUUACCCGGCAAUUGGCUGACCAGAUGACACUAUCAAAAGCUUAUCUAAUCAUUGCAAAGGAGCAUGGAAACUUUGAUUUUGCUGCUGAGCUAAGCUCACAGAUCAGGAACUGUCAAAGAUUACUUUCUCAAGCAGCAGUCAAUGGUAAGCGUAUCACACUUGUUGAAGCCCGGCCUGUUGCCACUCAGCUAUCAAAAUUAAUCAACAAAGCUCUAAACUACCACUAUGACAUAAGCACCACAAUCUCAACUCUGAGGAGCCACGUCCAAGCCCUCGAAGAGCGUGUCAUUGUAGCAACUGUGCAGAGUGCGGCAUUUGGCAGAUUAGCCGCUGAAUCUUUGCCCAAGAAUCUCCAAUGUGUUAAUGUUAAGCUCACUAAAGAUUGGUUUGAAGAACCUCCCCUAAGACUGCUUGCUGAAGAGCAGCAGCACUCCCUCCGUCUAAUGGAUAUCAACCUAUACCACUUCUGUUUGUUCUCCGAUAAUGUGCUUGCAGCUUCUGUUGUUGUGAAUUCUACCAUUGCAAAUGUAAAGCACCCACAACAGCUUGUUUUUCACUUGGUCACAGAUACCACCAAUUACCAAGCAAUGGCUGCGUGGUUUCUAAAGAACGACUUCAAAGGGUGUACUGUGGUGGUGAGAAGCGUUGAAGAAUUCUCUUGGUUGAAUGAAUCUUCCUCACCAUUGUUUAAACAACUAGCAAGUGCAGAAACACAAAAUUGGCAUACAAGGUCUCUUUCACUGCUCAAAUACUUGCGGUUCUACAUCCCCGAAAUCCACCCGUUGCUGGAGAGGGUAGUGCUUCUUGAUGAUGACAUCGUCGUCCAAAGGGAUUUGACUCCUCUCUUCUCCCUGAAUAUGCAUGGAAGUGUUAUUGGAGCAGUGGAGACUUGCCUCGACUCAUUCCACCGACUUCAUAACUAUGUCAACUUUUCUCAUCCAUUGAUCAGCUCGGCAUUUGAUCCGCAAGCCUGUGGUUGGGCAUUCGGGCUCAAUGUGGUGGACCUGAUAGCAUGGAAGAAAGCUAAUGCGACCGCGAAGUUUCACUACUGGUUACAAAAGAAUGCAGAUGGCAUGAUUUGGAAGGAGGGAACUCUGCCGGCCGGCCUCCUUUCAUUUUAUGGACUCAUGGUUCCACUUGACAGAAGAUGGCAUGUAUUGGGCUUGGGAUUCGACUUCGAGAUCGAUAGUAGGUUGAUACAGAGUGCUGCAACUGUGCACUUUAAUGGGAAUAUGAAGCCAUGGCUGAAGCUGGGAAUUAGUAGGUACAAACAUCUUUGGUGGCGUCACAUAGAUUUUCUACAUCCUUAUAUUAGAGAUUGCAAGCUGCAGAGCUAGCAAGAUGGAUUUUGCUGAUUUUUUUGGUUCAGUGGUACUUUAUUCAUUAUAGAGCGGUGGGAUUACUAUUUUGGGGGGGCGGAAAAAUUCAUUUUGGAAGAUGUAAUAAUUUCUUUAGAUCUUAUAGGAUUGGGACGGCAAUUUUUUUCUUGUGAAUAAUAUAUCAUGAGGAUGUUUUUCAGCAGGAAAAUUUUCAUGUUGAGUAUAGAAAGUUUAUUCUUUUAGGUAAUGUGGUUGCCUUU